AUGGCCGCGGGCACCGGUGCGCACUGGGUGGCCCCGGUGCUGGUGCUGCUGUGUCUGGUGGCUCCGACCCUGGCCGGGUGCCCCUCUGCCUGCCACUGCUCCGCCGCGGCAUUGCUGUGCCUGGAGUCCGACACCGUGUCCACUGUGCCCUCGCUGGGCCCGCAGGAGAGCGAGAACAUCACCGACAUCUUCAUCGACAGCCAACCCAACCUGGAAAACAUAACCGACUUGGAUUUUUCUGGCUACAGGGAGCUCAGGAACCUAACAAUAACCUUGUGUGGGCUCAUGCACAUCUCGGCAAGGGCGUUCCAAUACAACCCCAAGCUCCAGUAUGUCAACCUGGCCUCCAACUCCCUGGAAGUCAUCAGCUGGAGAGUAUUCCACUCCCUUCCGCUGCUCACCCUGAUUUUGAAAGAAAACCCUCUUGCCUGCUCCUGUGACAUGCUUUGGCUGCGGCAGUGGGAGAGCAGUGGGAGGGGUGACCUCCACAACCAGUCGCUGUUCUGCUAUUCCAAUGGACAAGAGCUUCACCUGAAAGACAUGGUGAUGGAGAACUGCAGCGUGCCGGAAGUCUACAUAGUCAGUUCCCAGGGGGCCAUUCGGGAGGGAGGCAACUUGACGUUUGUCUGCCAGGUGAUGGGUCUCCCGACACCCGAAGUGAUAUGGCACACCCAGCACCUGCAUUCCCCUUUCACCAUUCAGGAGAGGAAACAGGGUCCAGUUCUGGAGCUCAUCCUACAUCUCACUAACGUCUCUUCCAUGGAUAACCUCCACAACCUGACCUGUGAGGCGGAGAACCGCGUGGGCCCAGGAACAGCAAUGGUGACCCUGAACAUUCAAUUCCCAGUCAGGAUCCUGUGGCUGAAGAACGCCGAGAAGCAGCACCAUUGGUGCUUUUCGUUUGCAGUGGAUGGCAACCCCACCCCGGAGAUCAGGUGGCUGUUCAAGGGCCAGCCACUGGCCCGCAGCGAUUAUACCUACACACAGCUGAUCCUGGACAGUCACGAUGGCUCUGUCCUGCACGGAUGCCUCUUCCUCAACAAACCGACCCACCUCAACAAUGGCAAUUACACCCUGAUAGUGGACAAUGGCCUGGGCAGAGAUCAGGCCACCGCAUACGGGAAAUUCAUGAACAACCCCUUCCCCCCCGAGGACCCAGAGGACAUCAUCCUGGUUAACACUGAUGACCCAAGUCCGACCAACAAGUCCUUGGAGAACAUCAGUGGACGCACGGACAGUGAGACAUUUGGGAUCUCGGCAGGAGUGGGUCUAGCAGCGUCUGGAUUCGGCCUCCUUCUCAUCACUGUGUUGGUCAUCAACAAGUGUGGCCAACACCCUAUAUUCGGCUUACGCGGGGAGUCUGUCCUAAGCACCAAGGACGACCUUGCCGUCUCCCUCCACUUCAUGAGUGCCAAGAUGAGCCCCCCCUCGUCAGACGAGGAGACCCUGGACUUUGUGGAGAACCCCCAGUACUUCUGUGGGAUCUUCAAGGACAAGAAUAUGUGUGUCCAGCACAUCAAGCGGCAGGAUAUAGUGCUCAAGUGGGAGCUCGGUGAAGGGGCCUUUGGAAAGGUGUACCUGGCAGAGUGUGCCAACCUGAGCCCCGACUGUGACAACAUGCUCGUGGCCAUCAAGACCCUGAAGGUGGCCACUGAAUCCACGAGGCAGGACUUCCAGCGGGAGGCAGAGUUGCUGACUGUGCUCCAACACGAGCACAUCGUGCGUUUCUACGGCGUGUGUGCAGACGGCGAGCCGCUGGCCAUGGUCUUUGAGUACAUGAGGCACGGGGACCUCAACCGCUUCCUCAGAGCUCAUGGUCCCGAUGCCCACAUUUUGGAGGAGGGCAGUAUGCCCCCGCUGGGAGAGCUCAGCCUGCCCCAGAUGCUGUGGAUCGCAGCCCAGAUCGCCUCCGGAAUGGUCUACCUGGCCUCGUUGCACUUUGUCCACCGGGACCUGGCCACGCGCAACUGCCUCGUGGGGGAGGGUCUGGUGGUGAAGAUCGGUGACUUCGGCAUGUCCCGUGACAUCUACAGCACCGACUACUACAGGGUGGGCGGCCGCACAAUGCUGCCUAUCCGCUGGAUGCCCCCCGAGAGCAUCAUGUACAGGAAGUUCACCACCGAGAGCGACGUCUGGAGCUUCGGUGUGGUGCUUUGGGAGAUCUUCACCUACGGCAAGCAGCCCUGGUACCAGCUAUCCAACAGCGAGGCUAUCGAGUGCAUCACCCAGGGCCGUGAGCUUGAGCGCCCGCGCAUCUGUCCCAAGGAGGUGCACCUGCUCAUGCAGGGCUGCUGGCAGCGGGAACCCCAGCAGCGGCUCGUCAUGAAGGACCUCCAUGCCCGCCUGCUUGUCCUGGUCAAGAACCCCCCGAUCUACCUGGACGUCCUGGAGUAA